AUGGCCAACUCUCCCCACGGCGGUGUCCUCAAGAACCUUAUUGCACGAGAUGAACAUAUUUCAGAUCAGCUCAAGGAGGAGUCUCUGACACUUCCGUAUCUCAUUCUGACAGAGCGUCAAUUAUGUGAUCUAGAACUUAUCACCAACGGAGGAUUCAGCCCACUUGAAGGCUUCUUAAACGAAGCCGAUUAUAAAAAUGUCGUUGACAAUCUUCGCCUUGCGAAUGGCGUUCUUUUCCCCAUCCCUGUUACUCUCGAUGUUUCCCAGGACGAUAUUGAUCGACUUUCGAUCGCCCCUGGAAGUCGUGUCGCAUUGCUGGAUCCUCGCGACGAAGAAGCGCUCGCUAUCAUUACAGUGGAAGACAUUUAUACACCGGAUAGGGUCAAAGAAGCCAUUCAGGUGUUUGGCGCCGAUGACCCAGCACACCCAUCUGUGGCAUAUCUCCGAAGCAAAGUGAAGGAAUUUUAUGUUGGAGGGAAACUGCAGGCAAUCAAGGCACCUACGCACUUCGACUAUGUUGCUCUAAGAUAUACCCCUACGGAGCUUCGUGCACACUUCAAAAAACUUGCCUGGAGAAAAGUUGUUGCGUUCCAAACACGUAAUCCAAUGCAUCGCGCGCACCGGGAACUCACCGUUCGAGCCGCGCGACAGCGACAGGCCAACGUUCUCAUACACCCUGUAGUCGGAUUGACGAAACCUGGAGACGUCGAUCAUUAUACCCGGGUUCGUGUCUACGAGGCUAUCAUGCAAAAAUAUCCGAAUGGAAUGGGCCAACUUGCUCUUUUGCCGUUGGCCAUGCGUAUGGCUGGACCGCGUGAAGCUGUCUGGCAUGCAAUCAUCCGCAAAAAUUAUGGGGCCACUCAUUUUAUCGUCGGCCGCGAUCAUGCAGGACCUGGAAAAAACUCUCAAGGAAAAGACUUCUACGGCCCAUACGACGCUCAAGAUCUUGUCAUAAAGUAUCAUGACGAACUACAAAUCGAGAUGGUGCCGUUCCAACAAAUGACCUACCUGCCUUCCACCGAUGAUUAUCAGCCCAUUGACGAGGUUCCCAAAGGUGUUCAAACCCUAGACAUCUCUGGCACAGAACUUCGCAAACGACUACGAUCUGGUGCUCCAAUUCCAGAUUGGUUCAGUUAUGAUGCCGUGGUAAAAGUUCUCAGAGAAAGCUACCCUCCACGAAACAAACAAGGCUUUGUAUUGUUCCUUACUGGUCUCCAUAACUCUGGGAAAGACGCAAUUGCAAAAGCCUUGCAGGUAACGCUGCACCAACAAGGAGGGCGAAGCGUCUCCCUCUUGUUGGGUGAUACAAUCCGUCAAGAACUUGGUUCUGAAACCGGUUUCUCGGCCGAUGAUCGCCACGAAAAUAUCCAUCGUAUCGCAUUCGUAUCCGCUGAGCUCAGUCGGGCGGGCGCCGCUGUGAUUGCAGCUCCCACCGCUCCGCAAGACCGUACGCGACAGCUGGCUCGUGAUACGGUGCAACAAUCUGGCGGCUCUGGAGGGAAUUUCUUCUUGAUUCACGUCGCGACACCCUUAGAGCAUUGUGAAAAGACCGAUCGCCACGGUUUGUACUCACGGGCUCGGCGAGGCGAUAUCAAAGGAUUUGCGGGUGUGGAUGAGCCAUACGAGACGCCCGAGGAUGCUGAUUUGACGGUUGAUGUAACGCAACAAAGUAUAUCUGAGAUAGUCCACAGUAUCGUCUUGUUAUUAGAGACCAAUUCACUAUUGUAG